AUGACAGCUGGAACUGUUGUCAUAACCGGAGGAAUACUGGCCACAGUGAUACUUCUGUGUAUCAUAGCUGUGCUCUGUUACUGUAGACUCCAGUACUACUGCUGUAAGAAGAAUGGGUCUGACAGCGGCUCCAUCUCUCAGCAACACUUUGCCUGCAACGCCUGCAGUGUCACCGGCCUGGACGGGUCAAUCAUCACCCCACUGUCCCUGUCACCUCCAGAGCCGGCUGGUUCCUCCAACCCCUCGAAGCCUACAAGAGGGGGACGCAGCUACUGCCCUACCUGCUCCCCCUAUGACUCCCCCUUCUACAUCCGUACCACUGAUGAGAUGCGCAAUGGCGGCGAGCGCAUCACCUACAUGCCCACGCACUAUGAGAACCAGGCGCUGGCAAUGCCGCUGCCCGCCGUCCGAGGCUCCUUGCUGAGGGACGUCCAGCGUAGUCGGCCACCCGAUUUCUAUACCAACACCCGAGCCAUCAGCACCGAGGUGUGA